CUUCCAUGUCGUCCCGAGCCCUUUGCACUGAACACCUCCUGUCUUUAUCACCACAGAGACUCAAUUGAUCUUCAAAAUGAGCUUCGUUACCCGACGCGCGCUUUCCACGCUCAUCCCGCCAAAGGUGGCGUCGCCUUCUGGCCUGGGUGCAGCACAAGACGCUGCCCGCAUGCAGAGGGUUGUUAGCUUCUACGAGAAGCUUCCCCGUGGCGCAGCUCCAGAGGUUAAGGCCAAGGGCAUUUGGGGACGUUACCAGGCAAAGUACUUUGGAAAGAACCCAAGCGGUGCACCCAUCGUCCACGCCAUUGUCGCUGUUAUGGCCAUUGGAUAUGCGCAGAACUACUACUUCCAUCUCCGCCACCACAAGAACAACGCCCACUAGAUGCAUACCGAGCCUACUAUAUGGUAGAACGCCCUGAGCUAUGGGUUUAGGAGUUGUAAAUAUAAGAGAAUCAGUUUUAGCCCGAGAGUGGAUCUGUGAACGUCGUUGGUGAAUGCUACAAAUAUAGACUGAAAAUGUUCG